AUGGCGACCUCCGCGGAGUUUUUCCCCGUACCCGCAGGCCGUCACGAAGUCGAUCUCGGCCCUUCGCUCUCGCGUGCGCUCAAAGCACGCAAAGGCGCCCCCGCGACCAGCAAGCACGAUCGAGAGUUUUAUUCCGUCCGGUAUGCCUCAGACAACUUCCGCCCGGAAUCCAUCGACACUGAGAAGCCCGGGUCCAUCGAGGUCGUCGAGGACAGGGGUAAGGUCGAUGUCCGCAUGUCGCGCCCGACCACCAAGGGCGACGACGAGCCGGCCAGGUUCAUUGGGCAGGCCACCUCGGCGUCCGAGUACGAGUGCGUGCUGAUAUACGACGAGGACACCGGAAGGUGCACGCUCGAGAAGCUCGACACGAUGUUCACCAUGGUUCAUGACCACCCUCCGGCGCGCGCGCCGCGCAAAGCCGCGUCCCCCGCUCCCCCUCGGCCAGCCGUCUCGUCCCGCAAUGUUUCUGCCCAGAAGCAAGAAGAAGAGGAAAGCGAAGGGGAGAUCCCCGAGCAUAAGGUCUCAAAACCCCCGCUCAAAACGAUGUUUAUGCCUAAGAAGCCCAAGGUACCUCCCAAGGCGCAACCUCCGCCCGCCACGGCGAAGCCCACGCCAACCCCUACACCUGCCCCGUCAAAACCCGCACUUCCAAUAAAGAGCGUAGUCUCGAGCAAGGCGUCCCCUGUGCCUUCCACGUCCAAAUCUGCUCCUACGAAACCAGUACCGCGACCACGCGCAAAGGCCUCAGCACCUGCACCUGCGCCCACACCCACUCCGCCUGCCCCUGCCCCUGCCUCUACACCUAUUCCGUCCCUUCCGUCCAAGCCCGCUGCCUCUACCUCCAAGGCCGCGAAUAAACGCGAGGCGCCGCCGGAAGAGCCCGAUGUGCGUCGUGCACCCAUCAAGAAGGCCAAGGUGCAGAAGAAGGAACGGCCCCCAAGCCCACCGCCGAAACCCGCCAAGAUCUAUCUCCCCGGCGCGUCCGACUUCAUCUCGCUCCCAGGUGCUACCCCCGCCCCCGCGCCAGCGCCAGCACCUUCCACCUCUGCCUUAUCCUUUCCCGCACCCAUCUCCGCCGCGCCGCCCGUGCCCCCGCCGGUGGAAGCACCCCCGGUCAUCGCGGCGGACGACUCGGACGACGCCGACGAAUGGGACGAGGUCGAGCCGGCCGAGCCCCGCCCGUCUAUGGUCAUGGAGGAGAUCGACGAUUACCCGCUCCCUCCCAUGCCCGAGCCCGAGCCCGAGGAUCCGUACGCGGCGUUCCCCGCGCCCGAGGAGGAGUUGCUGGAGGACCUCGGGGACGACUGGCUCGCGGCCGCGGUCGGAGACGAGGACUCAGAUCAAGAGCCGGAGCCGAUCGUCCCCGCGGACCCAGACGCGGGGCCCCUCAGCAUGCGCGCGCUCCUGGGCGACGGGCGUUUGAGCAGCGACGAGGACGAGGACGAGUCGUCGACCAGCGACGACAGUGACGACGACUGA